AUGCAUAUAGCCACUUUAAACUUCAAAAAACUCUAAGCCAUUAAUGCCGGUCAUUCAAAAAACUGUAGCCCAUUUCACCGAGACCUAGUUUAUAUGUUUGUACAGAGAGAAAGAGAGUGCUGUAGAGAGAGAAGCAUGACAGGAGUGGUGAUGAUAACAAAGGGAGCAGGGUGUGGUGGGAAGAUAUCAAGAAAAGCUUGUGCUUCUGAAGCUCAGGAGCAGCAAAAUCAGCUGUCGUUGGUGGCUUUGUUGCUUGCUACUUUGAGGAAAUCAGUGUCUUCUUCGUGUAGAUUGGUGGGUGAUGAGCAAGGAGGUGAGUUUGGGUCAGCUUCUUUGGUUCAGCAGAUGGAAAUAGGAUGGCCUACUAAUGUUCAGCACUUGAGCCAUGUCACUUUUGAUAGGUUUCAUGGGUUUCUUGGUCUUCCUGUUGAGUUUCAAGUGGAGAUUCCUUGUAGAGUCCCCAGUGCUAGUGUGAGUGUAUUUGGGGUCUCGGCUGAAUCAAUGCAAUGCUCAUAUGACUUAAGGGGGAACAGUGUGCCUACAAUAUUACUGCGAAUGCAGGAGAGGUUAUAUUCACAAGGAGGCUUGAAGUCAGAAGGAAUAUUUCGUAUAAAUCCAGAGAACAGCAAAGAGGAACAUGUGAGGGAUCAGCUGAACAGAGGCAUUGUGCCACAAGAUAUUGAUGUUCACUGUCUGGCAGGUCUAAUUAAGGCCUGGUUCAGGGAGCUUCCUUCUGGUAUUCUUGACGGGCUUUCGCCAGAAGAGGUAUUGCAAUGUAAUACGGAGGAGGAAUCUGUUGAGCUUGUGAAACAGCUAAAACCAACCGAGACAGCACUACUCAGCUGGGCAAUUGAUCUCAUGGCUGAUGUUGUUGAGCAUGAGGAUUCCAAUAAGAUGAAUGCCAGGAAUAUUGCUAUGGUUUUUGCUCCAAACAUGACUCAGAUGUCUGAUCCUUUGACAGCCCUGAUGCAUGCUGUUCAAGUAAUGAACUUGCUUAAAACAUUGAUAAUGAAAACGCUACAAGAGCGUGAAGAGGCUUCAACUGGAGGAUAUUCACCCAUGUCAAAUUGUUCUUCCAAUAGGUUGACUGAUUUCGAAAAUACCAGCUGUGAGCUCAUUCCAUCCCCCUUACACCACAUUGCUCAAGUUGAUUACAAUACUUAUAGCGAGACUGAAGAUGAAACCGAGUCAGCUCUUGACACAGUAAAUUACUUCCCAAAACAAGUCGACGAUAACAAAGAAAACACAAGUAACAGUUUUACUGACAAAAUAGGAGAUAUAGAGGCAAGUCCUGAAAGUUCCCGCCUCAGUGCUAGUGAUGGAGAAGGCUCAGGAUUGAGUUCAGUAGAUAUUAUUGAGUUCAGAGUUGGCAAGGGUAAAUCAGAACAUGAUAAAAUCGUCAGUGACGGAAACAAGGUAGACAAGCUGGUGGAUAUAAGUUAUCAUAUGCCUUUGUGUGUUUGAAGUGGGCAAGUCUAACAGAUUCAGCUAAUUUGAAGCUUAGCUUGCUGUAAAAUUGUUGUCUUUGCGUAGAAGUGCUGCUUGUGAGUCUUUGUUCAGCUGGCGGCUGAACCUUUUUCUUUUGUCUUUUAGGUGGGAGUGGUUUGCUUUGUGAGUCUUUGUUGUUCAGCUCAAGGCUGAAUGAAUUUUUUCUAGUUUUCUUUCUAUAGGAAAUUUUUAACUUUGACCAUCUGGAUCCAGACUGGUGUCUGAACAAUAUGACUUUGGAUGAAAAAAGAUCCAAGAAAGUUUAUUGGUGGAUCUGGAUGAUUUGUUUUCAAAAGUUCUUUUGCUAAGCAUUUUUUUUCAAAA